AUGACAGACGCCUCUCCAUCCCCAGCCUUCUACAGGUUCGCAGAAGAACUGCUCAACUCGCUACGGCUGGCUCAUCCCCGAGUCGCGUAUCUAGCACGGCUGAACAGCGAGCUCUUCCGCUGCAUCAAACUGCCAGUCGACCCGAAGCAAGAAGUGCUGUUUAGAUAUUCGAUUGAUAGUUGGGCCUUGUCCGAAGAGGACGUUCGGGCUGUCGCGGGGGAGGAGCGGCGGUGUAGCGCUAGCGCUGGCGAGGCGAGGGAUGACAGCGGCCGUUGCGUGAGCGGCGGCGGCAUGACGUUGAUGAUGCUGAUGAGGGGGACUGCGGAAGCACCCCUGGGCGACGAACUCUUCGGUCUCGCCAUCAGCUGUGUCAUCGAUGCGGGGAUCAGGCCUACCGCGCUGACCCUCCAGUACGACACGCUCGGCGACUUUGAGUGGGUUGGCUCUCCGGCUGUGUAUCAGAACCCGAGGUGCGCUGCGGACAAGAGGCGGAUCUUGGAGUACCUGCACGAAAGUACUCUUCCGGACUGGAAUCAGCUUGAUCUGAGUAGGACCACGAAGGUGUUGUUCCAGCCUUGGUCGCUGACGCCAAGGGAUAGACGUUUGGACCCGGGCGAGCUGUGGGACGACGAGGUCAAUGUCGCGGCGAAGACGGGUGCUGUGCUCGCUGCGUUGCAGGUCAAGUGCGGACCCAGCGUCCGGGAUUUGCAGAUAGAGGAUGGCUGUCCGCACGUUUUGCCGGACUCCUCCUCCUCCUCCUCUUUUGCAAACGCAUCUCACUCCUCCAAAAACCACCCCCCUGCCCUACCGGAACUCCAACAUCUAUCCCUAGGUUACUGCACCCUCUGCGCCAAGCCCUUCGCCAACCUCCUAUCCCACUCCCCCAAACUAACCCGCCUCGAGAUGAGAAGUACGCGCCUGGAAGGCCAGCACAGUGGCUGGAAGUGCAUCUUCACCGCCAUACGCGAUCAUGCUAAUACCAAUGGGAUGGCUCUGUCGUUCGAUCAGGUCAUCACGAGUGAUUAUUGCGAGACUAGUCUCGAAUUGCAGACGUCGGAAUAUAGGGAAAGGGAACCUGUUUUGGAUAGUGAUCGUGUCGAGGAUGCGGGUUACUGUCUUGAGGGGUAUUUAUGUGGUUGUAAUGAAUGGAAUGAGGCGCUGAAUUAG